UAUAUUAGGAAGUGGUUCACAUAGAAGGAACAUCUCUGUGACGCGGUCUGCCUCCGCAGCACAGAUCUCCUGACAUCUUCCGUGGGGAAGGGAUGAUGUAGAGCUGGUAGGCUGGCUUGGAGAGGAUCAUCCUUAAGUGAUAUCCCAAACGUGACUUUCCAGGACCUGAGAUUUUUUUCUCUUAUCCUUACAUCAAAGGGGUGUUCUAGAGCUGUGUUGCCCAAUAGAACUUUCUGUGUGGUGGAGAUGCUCAGUGAGUCCAUGUGCUGCGGAGUACCUGAAAUGUGGUCACACAACUCAGGACUGGAUUUUUAAUUUCAUUUAAUUAAUUUGAAAUUUACAACUUCCCUCCUGAAUAGCAGAAGACCAAGGCCAGAAAGCUUGGACUGUACUGAACUUAGAAAUGUUCUGAGAGCGGGCUCUGAAGGUGUCUGGAGUCUUACAGGAGGGCCCGGCUGCCCCCAGAUCAGUGCUUCUAGGGAGUCCCUUCACACAACCACCUUUGGUGAGGGGCCGUUCUGCCCCCAUCAUGUCAGCUCCUGGGUGCUUGCAGGAACCCAGAGAAAACCUGCAGGGGAAUCGGUUGCUUCCAAGGUGCUCACAUUACAGAGUGGCCUAGAAAAGGUCUCUCGAAUCAGCUAGAAGGCUGGUGGCCCACGCAGCCCGAGUCCAGGGCUCAGCCGGCUCUGGGGCAGCUCUCCUGCGGAUGAAUGGGCCCAAGGCCCCCGUGGGGCCACUUGCAGGAUUACUGGGGCCCCAGGUCCCAGGCAGCCACCGCUGGCUUCUACCUUCACAGCUAAACUGGGCCCAUUUCCAGUGGUCAUUGACUCCGUCUGUACUUCCACUAAUUUUUCUGCUGGGAAUGAUUGACAAAGGGGAGAAAACCAUUGUGUUGUGUGACGCGUUUGGGGACCUUGUGGAAAAACAGUCUGAGGGCUGUUUGUUCAUCUGGAGGGCUUGGCAGCGGAGGGUGAAGGUUCGUUGGGUCCGAACUCCAACUCUCCCUCUGCCUGGCCUGUUUCCGAAGAGUUAACUUGGGGCACCCGUGACGUCAGUCCUGAUCUUUACACCCUCCGCUUGAGCAAUCGCCGCCUCCUCGCGGGGCCGGCGCUCAUUGGCUGCGGGCAGGACUUCCCCCAGGCCGGCUUUUCUCAAUUAAGUAAAAGGGCAGGGCCCGAGUCGCUUAUGACAGCUGCGGCCCCGGCUUCCCUGGAGCAAGUGUGCGGCCCGGGCUGCGUUCCCCGGCUCCCCUCGGCCCCGCGCGCUCGGCUCCCGGUCAGCAUGCUCUGCCUGUGCCUGUACGUGCCGCUCAUCGGGGAGACCCAGACUGAGUUCCAGUACUUCGAGUCCAAGGGGCUCCCCGCCGAGCUGAAAUCUAUCUUCAAACUCAGCGUCUUCAUCCCCUCCCAGGAGUUCUCCACCUACCGCCAGUGGAAGCAGAAAAUUGUGCAAGCUGGAGAUAAAGACCUCGAUGGGCAGCUCGACUUUGAAGAGUUUGUCCAUUAUCUCCAGGAUCACGAGAAGAAGCUGAGACUGGUGUUCAAGAGUUUGGACAAGAAGAAUGAUGCAGGCCGGAUCGAUGCCCAGGAGAUCAUGCAGUCCCUGCGGGACCUGGGAGUCAAGAUAUCCGAACAGCAGGCGGAGAAGAUUCUCAAGAGAAUACGAACGGGCCACUUCUGGGGCCCUGUCACCUACAUGGAUAAAAACGGCACGAUGACCAUCGACUGGAACGAGUGGCGAGACUACCACCUUCUGCACCCUGUGGAAAACAUCCCCGAGAUCAUCCUGUACUGGAAGCAUUCCACGAUCUUUGAUGUGGGUGAGAAUCUGACGGUCCCUGAUGAAUUCACAGUGGAGGAGAGGCAGACGGGGAUGUGGUGGAGACACCUGGUGGCCGGAGGCGGGGCGGGGGCCGUAUCCAGAACUUGCACGGCACCCCUGGACAGGCUGAAGGUGCUCAUGCAGGUCCAUGCCUCCCGCAGCAACAACAUGUGCAUCGUGGGCGGGUUCACGCAGAUGAUUCGAGAAGGUGGAGCCAAAUCGCUCUGGCGAGGCAACGGCAUCAACGUCCUCAAAAUUGCCCCCGAGUCGGCCAUCAAAUUUAUGGCCUACGAGCAGAUCAAGCGUCUCGUGGGGAGCGACCAGGAGGCUCUGAGGAUUCACGAGAGACUUGUGGCUGGGUCCUUGGCGGGGGCCAUCGCCCAGAGCAGCAUCUACCCGAUGGAGGUUCUGAAGACCCGGAUGGCCCUGCGCAAGACAGGCCAGUACUCGGGCAUGCUGGACUGCGCCAGGAAGAUCCUAGCCAGAGAGGGGGUGGCCGCCUUCUACAAAGGCUACGUUCCCAACAUGCUGGGCAUCAUCCCCUACGCUGGCAUAGACCUAGCCGUCUACGAGACGCUCAAGAACGCCUGGCUGCAGCGCUACGCGGUCAACAGCGCGGAUCCUGGCGUGUUCGUGCUCCUGGCCUGCGGCACCAUGUCCAGCACCUGCGGCCAGCUGGCCAGCUACCCACUGGCCCUGGUCAGGACCCGGAUGCAAGCCCAAGCCUCCAUCGAGGGCGCUCCGGAGGUGACCAUGAGCAGCCUCUUCAGACAGAUCCUGCGGACCGAGGGGGCCUUUGGCCUGUACCGGGGGCUGGCCCCCAACUUCAUGAAGGUGAUCCCAGCCGUGAGCAUCAGCUACGUGGUCUACGAGAACCUGAAGAUCACCCUGGGCGUGCAGUCGCGGUGAUGGGCCAGGGGCAGCCGCGCCUCGCUCGACGGACUCACGGAUCCCGGGCCCGCAGCCCUGGGGUGCGCAGCCAUCCAUUCUGUGAAUGUGCCAACACUAAGCGGACUGAAGCCAAGCUGUGAAAAGCCUGGGAUGUGCCCGCGAGGGAGUGGGGGAGGGCCUGGCGGGCCCACCGGCUGCGUCCUGCUGACCCCGGCCGGCCGGCACAUCUGUCCAGGGGCCAGCAGGACACGGGCAUGUGCACGCGGGGACGCGACGUCUGCCGUGGCGCCUGCCGGACGGACGGACGGCCGCGCCCGGAGCCGGCUUCGUUCUUCUUCCAUCGCGCGGCCAGACCGCUGGCCGCGGGCCCUGCCCUUUGGCCUGCCGGGCGCCCACCCUGUGCCCGUCUUGC